AUGGAGCAAGAACCUCAUGUUAUGUUUAUGAACCCUCAGACGGAAAAUCUAAAGAAUCUGUAUGAUCUGGUUCAAAACCUGUCGGAGCUGUUGAACAAGAACAAGCAAGAACGGAAUAAGUUACUCAGAGAGAUCGAUGUUUUGGCGAAUAGGAUGCAUCAGAGCGUUUCUCCAAAAGACUAUGCUAAGGAUGUGCGUGUUUUUGAUAUUUUUCUAAAACGACGGGGGAUCGAGUGCGAAGGGAAUGGAGAAGAAGGCAUUAACUUGGAAUAUGUUUGGGAGCAGAACAAAAGGCUAAGGGCCGUUUUAGACCAGAAGUCGAUGCUGAAUAGAGAAACAUCUAGGUUACUUGGUUACCAUGAAAAUUCGUUAGCGCAGGUUGUGAAGUUAUUGCGAGAUGAUGUGUUCAAAUAUCAUAUUGAACUGAUAGAGAAAUGCAGGCGUGUUUUCAAUGAAAAGGUCUGCCAAAUUGAGGAUCUGGAAUUUAAGGCGUACAUAGAAAAUAUUUCAGACAUACAGGACCUGAUUAAUAUGUCUAAAGUAUACCAAUCGUUAUUACGUUUGGAGUAG